AUGAGCGUCCUUUCAAUGCUCACCCUCCUCCUCACCCACCCCAACGAAUUCCGCACGCUCGUCCAGUUCUGGAUGUUCCACGACUCCAAGCGCGAUAUCUCCAACCCGAAGGAGUACGCCACGUCCGGCUGGGACAGGGAGAGCAUGAAGAAGUGCUGGGAGUUGUUGGAUAAGACGAGUAGGAGUUUUUCGGCGGUGAUUAAGGAGCUGGAUGGGGACCUUGCGAGGGCGAUCUGCCUCUUCUACAUCGUCCUCCGCGGCCUCGACACCAUCGAAGACGACAUGACCAUCGCCGACUCCAUCAAACAACCCCUCCUCCGCUCCUUCCACGAAAAGACGCUCACGCCCGGCUGGACCUUCGAUGGCAACGGCCCCGAGGAGAAGGAUCGGAUCGUUCUGGUCGAGUACGAUAAAGUAGUCGAGGAGGUCGGGAGGCUCGAACCUGGAUAUCGGGAAGUGAUAGUCGACAUCUGUCACAAAAUGGAAAUCGGAAUGGCAGACUACGCCCACCGCGCCUCCUCCUCUGCCUCCUCCUCCUCCACCCCCUCCCCAAUAUACCUCUCCACCAUCGCAGAAUACGACCUCUACUGCCACUACGUCGCCGGCCUCGUCGGCGAGGGCCUCUCCCGCAUCUGGGCCGCCUCGGGCAAAGAAGCCCCCUACCUCGGCGAAAUGAAAGAACUGAGCAAUUCGAUGGGACUUCUGUUGCAGAAAACGAACAUCAUCCGUGAUUUCCGAGAAGACGCAGACCAAGGCCGAUUCUUCUGGCCUCGCGAGAUCUGGGGCCGUUCCGAAUACAUCAUCGCUUCCGGGGUCCCACUCACCCCUUCACUCGAAAAAGGCGGGCGCGUGGAGGAUUUGUAUCAGGAUAGGACAGAGGCGGGGAGACGGAGGGCGCUGUAUGUGCAGAGUGGGAUGGUGUUGGAUGCACUGAGACAUGCGACGGAUAGUUUGGAUUAUUUGAGGUUGUUGAGGAAUCAGACGGUUUUUAAUUUUUGUGCGAUUCCGGCGGUGAUGGCGAUGGCGACGCUUGAGUUGUGUUUUGCGAAUGGGGAGGUGUUUGAGAGGCAUGUGAAGAUUAGGAAGGCGGUUGCUGCGAAGUUGAUCAUGAACUCGACGAACCCGCGCGACGUGGCGUAUAUGUUCCGCGACUAUGCGCGCGCGAUACAUAAAAAGUCGAAUCCGGCCGAUCCGAACUUUAUCAGGAUAUCGGUCGCUUGUGCGAAGAUCGAACAAUGGGCCGAACACCAAUUCCCCUCCUUCGUCCACCUCUCCUCCGACCCCUCCGGCUCCGGCUCCUCCUCAGCCACCCAAACCCUCGAUCCCUCCGACGCGCGCACACGGAUCGCGAAGCUGGCCCAGGAGCGGGAUCUACAGCUCGCUAAACUGCGUGCUUCCGUGAAUGGGAAUGGUGUAGGGGCGAAUGGGAAGGCAGGUGGGGCGGGGGCGAAUGCGAAUGCGGGGGUCGAUAAGGAGCUGGUGUUGUUCUUUGGGGGCGCGGUGUUGUUGAUCGUGGUGAUGUGUUUGUUGGUGGUGGGGACGGUGCUUUAUUUUGCGUCGUGA